AUGUCUAUUGUUACUAUUGAAAAAUACACUUACAAAAAUAGUGACAAUGUUACCAUUGAAGAAGACACUAACAAAAAUAGGGACAAUGUUUCUAUUGAAGAAGACACUAACAAAAAUAGUGACAAUAUUCCCAUUGAAGAAGAUACUAACAAAAACAGUGACAAUGUUACCAUUGAAGAAGACACUACCAAAAACAGUGACAAUGUUACCAUUGAAGAAGACACUAAAAAAAAUAGUGACAAUGUUUCUAUUGAAGAAGACACUAACAAAAAUAGUGACACUGUUACCAUUGAAGAAGACACUAACAAAAACAGUGACAAUGUUACCAUUGAAGAAGACACUAACAAAAACAGUGACAACGUUACCAUUGAAGAAGACACUAACAAAAACAGUGACAAUGUUACCAUUGAAGAAGACACUACCAAAAACAGUGACAAUGUUACCAUUGAAGAAGACACUACCAAAAACAGUGACAAUGUUACCAUUGAAGAAGACACUACCAAAAACAGUGACAAUGUUACCAUUGAAGAAGACACUAAAAAAAAUAGUGACAAUGUUUCUAUUGAAGAAGACACUAACAAAAAUAGUGGCAAUAUUACCAUUGAAGAAGACGCUUACAAAAAUAGUGACAAUGUUACCAAUGAAGAAGACACUAACAAAAACAGUGACAAUGUUACCAUUGAAGAAGACACUAAAAAAAAUAGUGACAAUGUUUCUAUUGAAGAAGACACUAACAAAAAUAGUGACAAUAUUACCAUUGAAGAAGACACUAACAAAAACAGUGACAACGUUACCAUUGAAGAAGACACUAACAAAAAUAGUGACAAUAUUACCAUUGAAGAAGAUACUAACAAAAACAGUGACAAUGUUACCAUUGAAGAAGACACUAAAAAAAAUAGUGACAAUGUUUCUAUUGAAGAAGACACUAACAAAAAUAGUGGCAAUAUUACCAUUGAAGAAGACGCUUACAAAAAUAGUGACAAUGUUACUAUUGAAGAAGAUACUAACAAAAAUAGUGACAAUGUUACCAUGGAAGAAGACACUAACAAAAAUAGUGACAAUGUUCCCCUUGACGAAGACACUAACAAAAAUAGUGACAAUAUUACCAUUGAAGAAGACACUAACAAAAAUAGUGGCAAUAUUACCAUUGAAGAAGACGCUUACAAAAAUAGUGACAAUGUUACCAUUGAAGAAGAAACUAACAAAAAUAGUGACAAUGUUACCAUUGAAGAGGACACUAACAAAAACAGUGACAAUGUUACCAUUGAAGAAGACACUAAAAAAAAUAGUGACAAUGUUUCUAUUGAAGAAGACACUAACAAAAAUAGUGACACUGUUACCAUUGAAGAAGACACUAACAAAAACAGUGACAACGUUACCAUUGAAGAAGACACUAACAAAAACAGUGACAACGUUACCAUUGAAGAAGACACUAACAAAAAUAGGGACAAUGUUUCUAUUGAAGAAGACACUAACAAAAAUAGUGACAAUGCUACCAUUGAAGACACUAACAAAAAUAGUGACAAUGUUACCAUUGAAGAAGACACUAACAGAAAAUAG